CGACGUACGUGAUCAUUGACGGUCUCUACCUGCCCAUCAACGUUGACGAGAUGUCAUUGCGCUACGCCCUCAACUACAGGCCUUCGAAGGGUGACAUUAUGGUGGUCUCGUAUCCGAAGUGUGGCGGUGUCUGGGUGGCUCAGAUCGUCUACCUGCUCCUCAACGACUGCGUCCCCUUGGCAGAUGCCAAAGCCUUCGAUGAACAGAUGCCGAACCUCGAGGAGUCCGGCUACCUGAUGCCCCGAGAGCGCGGCGCGGCCGACGAUGUGCGCGUCGUGCGCUCCCACCUGCCCUACCACAAGAUGCGCGUCAAUCCGAUGGCCAAGUACAUCUACGUGACGCGCAACCCCAAGGACUGCUGCGUGGCCCUGUACCACUACAUCAGGCACGUGAACAUCUACCGGUUCAAGGAGGGCCUGUGGGACAACUUCUUCGAGUGGUUCAUCCGGGGCCGCAUCAGCUACAACGACUACUUUGACCACAUCAUCCACUACUGGGUGCACCGCAAGGACUGCCACGUGCUCUUCCUCACCUACGAGAACAUGACGCUCGACCACAAGAGCCACAUCUUCAUGCUUGCCAACUUCAUCGGUGGCGUAGCUGGGACCAUGGUCAAGGACCGGCACAUGCUGAAGAAGCUCAUCCACCGCAGUUCCUACUCGUACAUGUCGCAGUUCUUCAAGGACGAGGAUCACCUCGGCAACUUGGCCAAGGGCCGCAUCGGCGAGUGGAAGGUUGUGUUCUCGCCCGCACAGGCGGCACGCCUCGACCGCAAGUUCUACGAGCGCUUCGGGAACAGCGAGAUCGCCAACCUGUGGCGCUACAUCGUGCGCUUCGACAGGCCCGCCGCCUGACGCUCUUUUGCGACUCACGCAUAAUGUCACGGCUACAGCCAAAAUUGUGGCAUCGAAUAGGGUUUUAUUCUCGCGCCAUAGUUAAGCAUUGCGGAAAUAGCAUGCGAGGCUUCCGAAAGGGCAGAUAUUCAAGAUACGUCAUUCCGCAACCGUACAUACGGAGCGCAACCUGACGAAUACGACGAGUUCGACAUUCAAGCUAUAUCGUGCGUAGUUUUCUUGACGCGGGUCUUUAUUGAGAAUAAAUUUGCAUUGCGAAACUGACAGACCACAAACACUAAAGCUGUUCACUAAGUCGUUGCUACAUAGCGUCGAUAAAGAGAUAACCCGAUUGAGCGUUCCUUGUUUAUCAAGUAGCACGACUUACACGGCAAAAAUAAGCCAGUUGUGAACCCCCAUUUUCUGGCGAUACAACUGAGCUGUUUAUCCAGUCGGUGUCCUGCGAUGUCUUUGUCGGCCCUUGUUUAUUCUAGCCUAUCGCGUGCGGCACGAGGGCAAGGUCAUGAAUUGGCCUGCCCGCCUUGAUUCGCCGCAACUUCUCUCCCAACCGCCCUUUUCCCCCAGUUCGAUGACGUACGCUUUUGUGCGGUUACAACCUAUUUCCGGCAUUAGCGAGAUAUCACGCAUUUUGCGCAAUGCUUCCUCGUGUGGUGGCGAAAGGUUCCGGGGCGUUUUGCGAGAGACUUGCGUGGUAAUCGAUUAGAUCCAAUGAGGUAAUUCUGGACUACCGUACAAACAUUUCUGCGGCUGAAUCCAAUAUUAGAGGCUCCAAAAGACAGGGUAUAUAUUACAGACACAUAUGAAUGUAUAGACCAAAAUUACAGGGUGCCUCAAUUUAUUUCCCCCCGUAUUGCAGAAAAACGCGUACAGGACAAAAAUAUUUUUUUUCUGUCUCCGCUUCGCCACUGAAUGAGCAUGAUGCUAAGGAAUAAUUAACCGGUAUAGACGUGUGUACAUACAAAUUCACCGUUGGCAUACGGCAGCGCAGCUUCAUAAUGGACGCUUCUAGUUUCCGUGUUUGGUAAGAUUUCCUGAGCCAGGGGCACAGAAAAUAUCGGUAAGCCGCAGACUAUGUAUACAUACAUAUAUGUGUUUUGAAACAUCUCACUUUUGGAUGAAGCGUUUUAAUUGCUUUCAUUGCGUUGUAAGUCGGUUGAGUGUUUUUUUCUUUUUUUUUUUGCCAAUGAAAAUGGGACGAUGUGAUCGCGAUCAAUCAUUGCGUAGCAACUUUACUAAUAACCCUUGUGUCAUCGCUCGCCUACCCAUCUCGUGCGCAAUAAAAACGGCUUUUUCCGUGCACGCUGUGGCUCUGGUUGUUCUCGAGAUUUCUCCCAUCGUUCUGGUGCGACGACGUAACAGGUAGGUGAAAAGGAAAUAAAGAACGGGAUGGGGCAAUUAUUAAUAUGUAUCUUGGGUGCUUAAUCCCGUGACCCUCUCGUCGAGAUGGCACGCCGCCCUGCGCAGCUCCCAUCUCGACGACCAACUCUGGGCGACCCAGCAGGCCUACGAAGCGGCGAAGAGGCAAGACCUCGACGUCCCAUCGUGGGAGGCCUAGGCCCAGCCGACAGAACUGCUGGUGUUCAUUAAAGUUUACUCUCUCUCUC